AUGUCUUCUUCACACACGCCAUCUCGGCGUUCGAAUACUCGAGAUGUGCUACUUCGUACAUUUGACCUAGGAUUUACGGCGUUCGGUGGACCCCCAGCUCACUUUCAGAUCUUACACAAACGAUUUGUGGAGGGCAGCGGGAGACCCUCAUUGAUCAGCGAACAGACGUACCAAGAACUAUUCUCGAUUUCUCAGGCGCUCCCUGGUCCAGCCAGUACCAAAAUGACUUUUUGUAUCGCUUUUCUUCGUGCUGGAUUCCUAACUGCUCUUGGAGUAUUUCUCAUAUGGAGUCUCCCCGGUGCGGUCGGCAUGUACGCUCUCUCGCUUGGAAUCGAAAAGGUCGACGAAGUUCUCCCUAGCCCAGUGUAUGCCCUUUUAUCAGGCCUUAACGCAUCCACGGUUGGAAUCAUUGCGCUCUCUGCUGUUCAGCUGGCCCGGAAGGCCAUCACUGACCCUUUGACCCGGCUAUUAGUCCUGUUAAGUGCAUGUGCUGGAUUAUGCUAUAAUGCGCUGUGGUACUUCCCUACAUUAAUUGCUAUCGGAGGGUGUGCAACUCUUGUCUGGGACCAUUUCCUCCGUGGGCGAGUCGGGCGUCUAGUGGCUAAAAUGAGGCGCCCAAGCGGAGGUCAGCCAGCAGUAGUGGACGAAGAAGCUGAGGGAAUCCCUAUGGAUGCCCUUCCAACGCAAAGCGCCGCGUCCGUCAAGUCGAGCGGGUCCGGAGGGGUUGGGGCUGCUGCUAUCCCGGAAACUGACCGGAAUGAUGAUUCCGUUUCUUCGUCGACUACUAAUUCCUCCGAGCAUAAAGUUCCCCUCAAACUCGGUCUUCUCAUCAUCGUUGGCUUUUUUGCAAUAUUCACGACGCUUAUGGUCCUGCGAGGCACACUUCGUGCGCCUCCUCUCCCUCUUGAACUAUUCAUAAGCAUGUUCCUCGCUGCCAUCAUCCAAGCAUUUCCCGGACCGAAUUUUAAUUUUGCUGUUUAUCUUGGCGCACUCGCCCUCCGUUCGACCAAUAUCCCAACAAUAGUUGGUGCUCUACUCGGGUUUCUGGGAAUAUUCUUUCCCGGAAUCACGCUCUCUCUAGGCUUCCAAUCUAUCUGGAGGGUGAUGCGUUCCAACCGUUUUGUGACUUCGUUGCUAAGAGGAAUCAAUGCUGCGGCUGUGGGGCUCGUCUUCACUGCCGUACAUCGACUUUGGGAGAUUGGAUAUGUGAAACCCGAUGCGGCGCGGGGUGUAUCGCUUGGGAGUGAGCCGUGGUGGGUUGUGGUGGCCGCAUCAGUAUAUGUUGGAGUGGAUUCCUUUGAGAUCCCAACACCCUUGGGAAUCAUGGGCGGAGGUCUCAUGGGGCUGGCGUGCCUGGAUCUCGCAAGAAAUAUUAAUCAACAGGAAAUCGCCCAACUAAACAUAUGGGAGCCUUGGUUCAAGAGUGCCCCUACGAAUCAGACCGUGCACCGUGUUAACCUUGCCAAGGCCUGGAACAUCAGUCAAGGCAGUCGAAUCUUGGAGAUUGGAUGCGGACAAGGUGAUUGUACGGUUGUUUUGGCCUCAGCUGUUGGCGAUAGUGGGCAUGUGACGGGCGUCGACCCUGCACCGCUAGACUAUGGUGCUCCCGCUACGCUAGGACAAGCCCAAUCACACCUAUUGAAAUCAAAAAUUGGACACCGGAUGUCAUUCGUUCAAGCUGACCCAAUCGAGUUUCUCAAGCUGGGAGAGAAUCACGAUACGUUCGACACGGCUGUGCUAGCGCAUUGCACAUACUACAUGUCUUCACCCACCGUCCUUCUCAACACUUUCCGCGCACUGUUCAAAGUCCCGAGCAUUAAACGAGUCUGCGUUGCCGAGUACGCAUUGAGCGCAUCGAACAUAGACGGAUAUCCUCAUGUGUUAGCCGUUUUAGCUCAGGCGAUGAUUGAAGUUCAUAAGGAUGCCGAAAAAUCAGAGUCGAAUGUUCGGACGGUUUUGGGCCCUGAAGGAAUUAGCAAGUUGGGAAAGGAGGCAGGAUGGUUAGUGUCGAGAGAGGGUAUGAUUGUUCCUGAGAAAGAACAAGAGGAUGGGCGAUGGGAAGUAGGCGCGGUUUUGGAAUACACUGAGGUGGAGAUUGAUAGGUUGAUUCUGGACGAGCGAGAGAGAGCCGUGAUUAAUGGUAUGAAGGGAUCCAUCUCGAGGUCGGUUGAAGAACUUGGUGGAGUUAAAAACGUUCGGACUAUGGAUGUCUGGUGGACCGUAUUAAAUAGACCGGAAUAG